UUAGUAUUACCUGAUGGCUUUAAUCAAUCACUUAAUUUUAUACCACCCACUGUACAAUCGUUAUAUUUUCAUAACAUCAAGUAUCAAUUGGCACUUGAUUCAAUUCCUGCAACAGUUACACGUUUAUAUUUACUUGAUGGCUUUGAUCAACCACUAAAUUUUAUACCACCCACCAUAGAAUACCUGCAUUUACAAAAUAUCAAGUGUCAAUUAACCCCUGAUUCAAUUCCAGCAACAGUUAAAAAUUUAUUUUUACAAAAUGGCUUUGAUCAACCACUUAAUUUUAUACCACCUACUGUACAAUGGUUGUAUUUACAAAAAAUAAAGUAUCAAUUAAAAUCUGGUUCAAUUCCAGCAACAAUUACAUAUUUAUUUUUACAAGAGGGUUUCGAUCAACCACUUAAUUUUAUACCACCCACCUUAAAAUACUUGUAUUUACAAAACAUCGAUUAUCAAUUAACAAUUGAUUCAAUUCCAGCAACAGUUACUUAUUUAUAUUUACGAGAUGGCUUUAAUCAACCACUUAAUUUUAUACCAUCCACAUUAGAAUAUUUGUAUUUACAAAACAUCAAAUAUCAAUUAACACCUGAUUCAAUUCCAGCAACAGUAAUACAUUUACAUUUACUUGAUGGCUUUGAUCAACCACUUAAUUUUAUACCACCCACUUUAAAAUACUUGUAUUUAUAUAACAUUAAGUAUCAAUUAAAAUCUGAUUCAAUUCCAGAAACAAUUGCAUAUUUAUAUUUACAAGAGGGCUUUAAUCAACCACUUAACUUUAUACCACCCACCUUAAAACACUUGUAUUUACAAAAAAUCAAGUAUCUAUUAACACUUAAUUCAAUUCCAGCAACAGUUACACAUUUAUAUUUACGAGAUGGCUUUGAUCAACCACUUAAUUUUAUACCACCCACCAUAGAAUACUUGUAUUUACAAAACAUCAAAUAUCAACCUGGUUUAACUCCAAAUCAUUUAACAUUUCUUACAUUUUCUAAUGGUUUAUCUACAACGUAUUACAAAAAGUAUAAUCCUUGA